ACUCCUUAAUAUGGGUUAAUCUCUCUCUCUCUCCAUCCAAAAUUUGUGCUAUGGGGAAUAAUACAUCUUGUGUUCUUAGCAGUGCCACCGGUGGAGCAGUGAAGGUUCUGUUCUGUGAUGGGAGAAUGGAAAUAUACACAAGGCCGAUCAAAGCAGGUCAGCUCAUGCAAGAGAACCCUUGUCAAUUCGUCUGUGACUCCACUGAUCUCAACGUGGGUCACCGAGUUCCUGGCUUAGCUACCGACGUAGAGCUCGAACAAGGUCAGUUCUAUUUUCUUCUUCCCAUGGAUAUGCUAUACUCCGUGCUUACAGAUGAGGAGAUGGAAACACUUUCAUACAGGGCAUCCAGAGCAACCAAGCGUGGAAGCUCUAACAACAUCGGAAAGAUAUUCCCUGCGUUCAGUGACUUCUGCUUGACUCCAUCAGAAUUUAAAACAAUGGAAUCGCCGGAUGAAGAAAGACCGCAACCUACCGAGAGAUGCUCAAAGCAGCGAAUGUGGAAACCUUCAUUGGAUACCAUAGUUGAAACCCCAUGUAUGCUUUGAUUGAUUAACGAUUGCCUCUUUUUUUCUUCUGUUCUUAAUGAUUUUUGGUGUAAUUUGUUAGGUAGAUUCAAUUAGAUUGAUUAUUGUGUUACUGUAUUUGUGAUAGUGAUGGAUGCCAAUGGCAGUUGUGAACC